AUGAAGUUUUGGAAUAUUUCAGCCUGGCUCGGCUUCUUUGCCACAGCUGCCGUCGCUGAGGUUUACCUUUCGCCAGAUGUGGUUGAAGGAGAUAUUGAGGAGCAACAUCUUCAAGGUAUACUCUGGAGGUUGAACCACAUUGCUUCAUCAAAUGGUGGAAACCGCGCUUUUGGGACUGCCGGCUACAACGAAUCAGUCGACUUCAUCCUCAGCCACAUGCAUAAACGCUUCGGCAAUGCGUUUGACACUUGGGUCCAGCCUUUCUUCCAUCCUUUCGAAACCACUCAUGCCAUCUCCGUCGCAGGGCCCGAGGAGGAAGACGUGUUUGUCAUCAGCCUUCAGUACAAUACUGCCACGCCUCUGCCUCGUGGUGUCAGCGCUGUGCUCAUCGACACGCCCGUGGACGAUGAGCGGGGGUCUGGCUGUUUCGAGGACCAAUGGGAUGGCAUCGAUGCCUCUGAAAAGAUUGCCCUUGUCAAACGCGGCGUAUGUCCGAUUUCCGACAAGCUCAAGCUUGCCAAGUCCCGUGGUGCGCGGGCCGUCAUCUUGUACAACAACGAACCUGGAGAAACCAUUGUCCCAGCCUCUCUGGGCAUUGCAAACGUUGGAUUACUGGUUCCGGCUGGCAUCAUUAGGCUGGAGGAUGGCUUGGACUGGAAAGAACGCAUCGCAGAUGGCGAAGAGCUAUUCGUCUCGCUUAUUGUCGAUUGUGUGAAUGAGUACAGAAAGUCCUGGAACGUCAUCGCAGAAACGAGACAGGGCGACCCUGACAAUGUCAUCAUGCUAGGUGCUCAUCUUGACUCAGUUCAAGCCGGCCCUGGUGUCAACGACGACGGCAGUGGCACGGCUGCUCUCCUUGAGAUAGCCACAUCUCUCAUGAAGUACGAAGGGAUCGUCAACAAAGUACGAUUUGCUUGGUGGGGCGCAGAGGAGGUCGGUCUGGUCGGCUCUCUCUACUAUGGCCAGCAUCUGUCCGAAGAAGAUGCAGACGCGAUCCGCUUUUACUUCAACUAUGACAUGAUUGGCUCCAAGCAGCCCAGCUACGCUGUGUAUGCUGAUUCCGACGCCCACAAGACUGGUGGCCAUAUUCUCUUUGACUAUCUUCAGGCCAAUGGCAAAGAUGUUUAUUAUGGCGGAUUCGGUUCAUCUUCCGAUUAUGUCGCCUUUUUGAAGCUUGGCAUUCCCUCGUCAGGUAUCUUUACCGGAGCAGGGGCACCAGCAGACCAGUGUUACCAUCAACCUUGCGAUGACCUCGAAAACAUCAACUGGGAGGCUUUUACAUUGAACACCAAGGCUGCUGGCCGUGCGGUAGCUCAGCUUGCUUUGAGCCUUGAUGGUAUUCCUGCCCGAGACAAGACUUCUCUCAAUCCAAGUAGCAAACGAGGUGUCCAGAGAGAGUUGAACCAGGCUGCCCAACUCGCAACAGUGAUUGAAAAGUCUCACAAGUGUGGAGGAGACCCGGGUGAUGAUACAGUUUGA